GUGAUCUUGAAUCAUGGGGCGUGGAAGUUUGUUGAAGCGGAAGAUGUUAAACAAAACAGGACUAGACAAGUAUAAGCAAGACUAAAAUGCCUGGGACAAAAAUCUGUAUUUUAGGAUCAGGAAACUGGGGCUCUUCAAUUGCCAAAAUCAUUGGGCGCAAUGUCAGAUCAUCAGACAGAUUCUCCCCAGUGGUGAAUAUGUGGGUUUACGAAGAAAUGAUCAAUGGGAGGAAGCUUACUGAGAUCAUCAACACGGAACAUGAAAAUGUCAAAUAUUUGCCUGGUCACAAGCUGCCGGAGAAUGUGGUGGCUUUGCCGGAUGUCACAGAGGCCGUGAAAGGAGCAAAAUUGCUUGUGUUUGUUACCCCCCACCAAUUCCUCAACUCACUUUGUGAGAAAAUAAAGUCUCAUAUUGCAGAUGGGGCCAUUGGCAUCUCACUCAUCAAAGGCAUCGACGAAGGUCCAGACGGAUUGCAGCUCAUAUCAGACGUCAUUAGAAAAGAACUGGAAAUUGAGGUCAGCGUCCUGAUGGGGGCCAAUAUUGCCAGCGAGGUGGCUGAUGAGAAGUUCUGUGAAACCACAAUAGGCGCAACAAAUCAGGCAAGUGGACUUAUCUUCAAAGAGCUACUUCAGACUCCUAACUUUCGCAUCACGGUGGUGCAGGAAAGUGACACAGUAGAACUGUGUGGAGCCCUAAAGAACAUAGUGGCAGUCGGGGCUGGAUUCUGUGACGGCCUUGGAUUUGGGGACAACACCAAGGCUGCGGUGAUCAGGCUGGGUUUGAUGGAGAUGGUUGCCUUCGCCAGGUUGUUUUGCAAGGGUCAAGUGAGCUCCAACACCUUCUUGGAAAGCUGCGGUGUAGCUGAUCUCAUUACUACCUGCUAUGGGGGACGAAACCGCAAAGUUGCAGAGGCUUUUGUCAAAACUUCCAAGUCCAUUGCAGAGCUGGAGGCUGAAAUGCUCAAUGGUCAGAAACUACAAGGUCCACAAACCUCAGCUGAGAUAUACAAGAUUCUGCAGAAGAAGGAAAUGGUUGACAAGUUCCCGCUCUUUGCAUCAGUAUACCAGAUAUGCUUUGAAGGCAAAGAGGCGAAAAAGUUCAUCACCUGCCUUCAGGAUCACCCAGAACACAUGUAACAUUUCCUUUUAGCCUUGGUGCACAGAUGCAACCUGUUUAGAUAAGAGGCAUAAAGUCUUAUAAAAUCGGGAAUGCAAUGACCCGGUUGAAUAUAAGUAUUCAGAGAGUUAACAGUUAUUCUGUUGUAACAAUGGUUGGAGGCCACUAAAAGACAAAAGUUUCUAUCCGUUUUUAGAAUGAUUAUAGAAUUUCGUUAAAAGUAUAGGCGGAGUUUGACUUUUGGGGCAGGGGGUACAACAUGUUAAUGACCCCGAAACGCAGUGUCAGCAAUAAAACUAACUUACAAGACUAUAAUUUUUUGAUAAUAAGUUGACGAUGAGCGUUUUUUGUUUCCCGUAAUUCUUGAGGGGAAUUCUAAAUCAGGCUUCUUAGGCAAUUCUUUUCGCCAAGAUCGUCAUCCAUUGAAUAUGGUACGCCCGCAGGUGUCGUGCCAUUGUAGUUACCACCAUGAAAAAUUGUAUUCCCUGGGCGGGGCCAUACGCAGGUAGAUUUGUGUCUUCAUUAUUCAAUCAAAAUAUAUAUUUUCAAUCACAAAAAAAAUUGUUUCAAUAAAAAAAAUGUGUUGAAGGUAAAAAUACAUUUGAAACUCAAAAAACUCAACAACAAAAAAAAUGCAUGUGAAAGCUUUUUUUUUUUUGUUGGUUUUUUUUUUUUUUUGUUUUUUUGUUUUUUUGUUUGGAAGCAACUUUUUGAUUGAAGUAAUGUUGAUUUGUGUUUGGGCCACAUUUUGGCUAGGACAUUUGUGUCUUUAUUAUUCAAUCAAAAAAUAAGUUCCUUAAAAAAAUAUUUGUUUAAAAAGAAAAUCACUACAAUCAAAAAAAGAGAAAGUUCACUCAUAGAAAAAGUUUUUGAAUGCGAAAAAAUAUUUGAGAUUGAAAAAUUUGCAUUUGAACACUUAAUUUUUCGUUGAAAAAGUUUUCUUUGAUUGAAGCAAUCCUUUUUGUGUUGGGGCCAUAUUAAGGGUCGGACAUUUGUCUCUCAAUCAUUCAGUCCCUGAAAAAGUUGCUUCGGUGAAAAAAAUAAUUUCAAUCAAAGAAAACAAAAUAUUUUCAAUCAAAGAAAACAAUCAUUUGAAAAAUAAAAUUGCCCUCCCCUAAUAUAUAUAUUUUUUAAUGAAAAUUAUAUGCAAAGCAAAUGACCGUCUAAGUUGCUAGUCACAUGAUCUGUUCAAAAAAAUUUUUUUGACCCAUUAUAAAAAAAAAAAAAAUUUUUUUUUGUUCAUUUCAGUCAUUUUUGUUGCAGUUUUAUUGUUUUACAAUUUUUAUAUAUAUAGGAAAAUCAAUUGCAUGCAAUUACAAUUUUUGGCCACUAGGGGGAGCC